AUGGAAUCGUUCCCCGAACCAAUCUACGUCGAGAUGAAAGAGAGGAGGAAUACGCUGGUCGCCCCUCAGGUCCUCAAUCGUGCACUUGUCAGCGGCGUUAUCCACGUAGAAAGAGGUGUCUCCGGAUGCCAUAUCGAUGAUCAGGCAUUCCCGAAACGUUGUGGCCAACUGUCGGGGAAAGACAUUGUGGACAUGGACACAUAUGUGGAGUGCACUAUCGCAGCGGUGAAGGCGCAUAGAAACUCAGACUUUGUCAUCCCUGCGCACACGGAUAUGCGUAACGGAACGAUAUUCAGUGGCGAGAACGCUGACGAGGUGGCCUUCCACGAAGGCAUUAAAAGUCCAGACUGA